AUGUUUGGUGAUUGCUUCUACAGGAACAAAGGAAUCUCCGAGUUGGAAUCGGAAUCGUCCGAAUUAAAGCCAUUCUCGCUUCCGUCUCCUCUUCCUCGGUGGCCAAAAGGCAGAGGUUUUGGUACUGGAAGAAUUAAUCUCGGCGAAAUCGAAGUGGUGAAGGUCACCGAGUUCGAUAGAGUUUGGAAAUGUGGCACGUCGCGUGGCAAAUCGAGAUGCGCCUCUUUUUACAAACCCGUGGGGAUACCAGAAGGUUUUCAUUGCCUUGGACAUUACUGCCAGCCAAACAAUCAGCUACUGAGAGGCUUUGUUCUUGCAGCUCGGGCUAACAAGACCGAUAAUCAUGCGGAUGACGACCAUCCUCCCUUGAAAAAACCUGUGAAUUAUUCUUUCGUUUGGAGCUCAGAUUCAGAUUGCUACUUCUGGCUACCAAAUCCUCCUGUUGGUUAUAGAGCCGUGGGAGUUAUUGUCACUGACGGACCAGAGGAGCCUGAGAUUGAAGAAGUGAGAUGUGUUAGAGAGGAUCUUACAGAGAGUUGUGAAACCGGUGAGAUGAUACUCGGCAUGGGAUCUUUUAAUGUUUGGAACACUAAACCGUGCGAGAGAGGGAUUUGGUCUCGGGGCGUGGCCGUCGGGUCAUUCAUUUGUAACAAUAAUGAUAUGUCUUCUGAUAAUCAAGCCGGGGCGAACAUUGCUUGCUUGAAAAAUCUUGAUCCGAGCCUACACGGGAUGCCAAAUCUUGACCAGGUCAAUGCGCUUAUUCAACAUUAUGGACCGACUGUCUACUUCCACCCCGAAGAGACUUACAUGCCUUCAUCCGUGCCAUGGUUCUUUAAAAAUGGAGCAUUGUUGUACCGGCUUGGGAAAUCGCAAGGUGUACCGAUUAACUCUGCAGGCUCAAAUUUGCCUGCUGGUGGAGAAAACGACGGGACAUUUUGGAUUGAUCUCCCUUCUGACGACGAGGAAGUUAGAAAUAAUCUAAAGAAGGGAAAUCUAGAAAGCUCAGAGCUUUACGUCCACGUGAAACCCGCGCUUGGCGGGAUUUUCACGGACAUUGUGAUGUGGAUUUUCUGUCCAUUUAAUGGUCCGGCCACCCUCAAAAUCGGAUUUCUCACCAUACCCAUGAACCGCAUUGGAGAACAUGUAGGUGAUUGGGAACAUUUCACAUUCCGGAUAAGCAAUUUUGACGGUAAGCUUUCCCAAAUGUUCUUCUCACAGCACAGCGGCGGAGGAUGGGUUGAUGUCUCGGAUCUUGAGUUUGUUAAAGAAAGCAACAAACCGGUUGUGUACUCAUCCAAACACGGGCACGCAAGUUUCCCUCACCCGGGAAUGUAUCUUCAAGGCUCGUCGAAGCUCGGGAUAGGAGUGAGAAACGAUGUUGCAAAAAGCAAGUAUACUUUGGAUUCUAGUCAAAGAUAUAGAAUCGUGGCAGCAGAAUACUUAGGCGAAGGAGCGGUUUCAGAACCGUGCUGGCUACAAUUUAUGAGAGAAUGGGGACCAACUAUAGUAUACGAUUCGGCAGCUGAGAUCAAUAAGAUCAUUAAGCUUCUUCCUCUGAUUGUGAGGUAUUCUUUUGAGAAUCUAUUUCCUAUUGAGCUUUACGGCGAGGAAGGUCCUACGGGACCAAAAGAGAAAGAUAAUUGGGAAGGAGAUGAAAUGUGUUGA